AAGCAAAACUCCGACGUUCAUCUUCUUCACUGCGUGAAACUGAAUGUCCCAGGAGCUGUUCACCUGGGGCAGCGGCGCCUACGGGCGCCUCGGCCUGGGUGGGUUGGAGGACCACGGGGUCCCGCAGCGGCUCGGCGGGAUCUGCAACGGGCGGCAAUUCGCGAACGGGUCUUGCGGGUGGUACCACUCUGCUUGUGUCACCACGUCCGGGGAAGUUCUCAUGUUCGGUACGAACGUGACCGGGUGUCUCGGCUUGGUCGCCACGAACGAGUACGGGAGCUUCGACAAGAACUCCGGCGAAAUCUCCGGCUACAACAGCUUUUCGUCCGACACGAGUUCGUCGGGCUCGGAUGACGAAGACGAGUCGGAUGAUAUCAUGUGUAAAAACAUCUUCCAAAAAUCUGCUAGACAAAUCAACAAGCUUUGCGUUGAUGUCGCGCAUGAUACGUUUGGGCGCGCAGUGUGGUGCACAGCUGGCGUAGCAGCAACACAGAUCAAGCCUCUCAUCCUGAUUUAAGCAUGACAAAUUCCAAAUCACAACUAGAAAAUGCUUCAUAGGCCUGCGCAUUAGAAACAUUUCAUCAGGCAUGCAGAUUCUUGCAUGACAGCUCGUUUUUAUUCGGCAUAGAUGACGAGCUGCUGCAGCAAUCGGACGACGAUUACACCGAGCUGCAGAACAUCAAAACAAAGAACAAAAGAUUAGAGCGGAAGAAGCGGAAGCAGGCGCUGAAGAAGCAACAGUACAACGAGCGCACGACGGAGACGUUCGUGCCGAAGUUGUUGAAGAUCUCGAACAAGUUGAACAGCCAACCGAGCCGCAAGAUGAUCAUCGUGCAGGUCAGUUGCGGGGGCGACAUGCUGGGCGCGCACACACUCGCGUUGACGCAGUUUGGCAGACUGUACAGCUGGGGCUACGGGCCCGCGACCGGGCUUGGGAAGGCCAGCGAAAUCGUGCGAAAACCCACACUGGUCAAGCAGUUCUACGGGUUCGCGAGCAACAGCGGAAAAUACGUGGAGCAGAUCGGGCACACCAACGGCGUCGAGGAGAUCCAGCGGGGGUUCGGGAGUUUCAGUCGCAAGGGAAAAUGGCUCACGAAGGCGCUGAACUCCGGCGGCGCGCGGGCGGGGCUGCAGAUGCUGUCCCCAAGAAUCGUGAAGAUCUCCGCCGGCGGGAGCUUCUCCAUCGCCUUGAGCUACGACGGGCAGGUGUUCACCUGGGGUUUGUCCGCCGGGGGAAGAUUGGGGUUCCGCACCAGGUUUCGCGCGCAGUUGAAGCCGCGGAGGCUGGAGUCGGUUUCGUUGCUACUCCAGGACGGCGGAAUGAACUCCUCUGCUUCGGUGAACGUCGCAACCUCGAUGGGCAUAUCGACGAGCGGGUCGUCGACGCAGCUGCAGCAAAACAUCUUCAACCCUCUGUCCAGGUCGGACGGGGAGUACGCGAAGAUCAUCGAUAUCGCCGCCGGGAACGCUUUCGGCUUGUUGCUGUCCGGGCCGAAUUCCGGGUCGAAGGUGUUCGCGUUUGGCGAAAACAGCAAGGGGCAACUGGGUGUGGGGCAUCUGAUGGACUGCUACGAGCCCACGAUGGUGUUUUCCUCGCCGUUCGGCCAGAAGACAUCGCUGUACCAAUUGUCCCAAAUUGCCUGCGGCGACGCCCAUUCGUUGGCGCUGGACAUGAGCGGCAACGUCUACUCUUGGGGCGCGCUUGGCGGGCCGGCCACCGGACACGGGUUUCCGAACCCAAACGCGUUGGUGGGCGGGGUCUCGGCGGUGUAUUCGAGAAGGAAGUUGGACUUGCAGCAGUACAAACUGUACUUGGAAGAGUUGGAAAAGGAGGAGAAAAUGGAUGGGGAAGGGGUAUAGGAUUUUGCAAGUGAUCCGAUUUUUUCCCCAUCUCUUCUUUCAGCAUAAUAAAUAAUCGAUCCAUUUAUGCAGUGUAUGCGACGAGAUGUUGCUCUUUAUUCUGGUGCAUGAGAAACAUGCUUGAAUUAGAAUUACUUAAUACUUCAGACCCCCACGUCCUCCUCGAUGAAAAAUCGCAAUAUCGCGGACCCGGUCGCGAGACUAAACACCGAGGAGAAGUUCGGCAACCUCGACGGCAUGGACAAUUUCGGGCAGAUGGUCUCCCUAUCCACCCAGUUUCGCCUCCGCUCCGUUCCUUUCUGGUGGACGCGCCCCCGGAACAUUCUGCACCUGAACAACGUGGUCCAGAUCCAGGCCGGGUUCGCGCACUCCAUGGCAUUGACAAAAGACGGGCUGCUCUACCAGUGGGGCACCCAGCCGGCAUCGACCGCGGCAGACGCGAAUUUUCCGCUCUUUCAACUCCCCCCGCGGACGACUUUGCCCGGGACGUUGGCCGGGUACUUUCACAACGAGGAGCAGUUUCAAGACGUGGAAAAUCACCAGGGGUUUACGUUCACGAAGAUGCUGAGGCGGAAGUUGCAGAAAGAUGGAAAGUUGUACGGGUACGACUGGAUCGGCAAGCACUUCCAGGAGGAAGAAGAUGGAGGUGGCAAUGGAGGGAGCUCCUCUGCGCAGGAACAGCCUUCGACGCCGAGCACUUCUCGGAACAAGUUAGGUUCCGGCGGGUCGUCCUCAUCCUCCUUGGAGAAACAAACAAACUCAACAACCGCCUCCUCCAUCGCGUCUGAUAUGAUGUUCGGAGGUGCAUCAAAUCCAAACGCGACUACGAAUCAAACAGCGAAAAAUCUUAGACCACCGGCGCAGCAGCAGCAGCAGCAAGUGGUCCCGCGGGGAAGUGCGAAGAUCACCGCGGUGAGUAAACGGGCGGAGGCCUACUGGAUUCCACGAUUGGUAAACUUCACCCCCCACUGCCCCCUGCUCUCCAUCGAAAACGCGACGGCCGGCGGCUGGCACAGCAUGGGCAUGGCAAAGUACGAGACGUUCUUUCUGAAGAAUCUAGCGGUCGGAAAACUGAACGAAUUCUGCGACGGAUACUUGAAAUGCCGAGGGGUGAACCUUCCUGUUUGCUCCGCGUUAUUGGAAGCGAGGUUGAAGACCAAGGAAGCGGCCGCGUUCGGGGCUUGGGAGUGGGUGGCGGCGCAGAUUGUGUCGAAGCGGGAGCUGAACGAAGAGGAGACGUUGUGCGAUAUGCUAUUUCAGCAGAACAAAAAACUAUAUGGUGCUUCUGCGGGUUCGAAUCUGAAUCUCUCUACCUCUAGCACAACCGGGGGACAUAAGCCCCUCUCCAUGUCUCAACCGGUGUCCGUGAAGAGCUACGCAGACUCCCCCGCGAGCAUCAACUACGGUGCGUCUUUCGCAUCCACGCAGAGCCGCGUGCAGCACUUCCAGUUAAACAGUGCAGACGACGAGGACUUGUCGCCAAGAAGCAACUCGGUUCUUCCAGGAAAUACAAAUAAACAGGCGCGACCAAAGGAGAUUGUCUUCACGUCCUCCUCCGAAGAUGAGUCGGACAAGGAGGUCACCGCGAGUUCCAGCCGCGGACCUCAAUCGGGUGGAGGACGGUCCAGAUCCGGGCACAAGAGCGCGCGAUCAUCGAGCAAGCCGCCCAGAAUCCAGAAGAAAAAUGUGCCCGCCGUCCCGGACUUCGCGCAGCUUUCCGCCGCCGUGGUGGCGACGUUUCUCCACUUCAUUUACAUGGAUCGGCUCGAAUUCGAACUGAUUGACGACGACGACGAGGCGUUUGUGGUGGAGGAAGCGUCUGGCCCCGACGGGACCCGGGCGAAUGAGCGGUUACUGAUCUACGACGAAGUGGUGCAGCUGAAAGCGUUGGCAGACAGGCUGGGCAUCGACCGAUUGGCGAAUUUGGUCGAGCAGAAACUGUUGCAGAUUGUGGAACCCGCGAAGGUAAGUUCCUCGGGAAAAAGUGGCAGUAAAGCGAGUUCUUUGACUGCUUCGGGAACUACAAGUAAAACUGCAGCGACAUCAAACCUGCCGCCUCUGUUCGUCGCAGCUUCCGACUUGCACGCGGCUUUGCGGCGGCUGUUCUUGCAGACCUUCGACCGGUUCAGGAUCUACACAUUUUUGGUCCACCACCAGAACUUGGCGAAUUACAAGAUCCAGCAGCAGCAGCAGCUUUCUAGUGCGGGCCCAAGCGGAGACAUUGUGUCCAGUACGAGCUCCAGCUCGAUGAAUAACCCGAUGAACAAAGUGCAAACAAAAAGCUUGAUCCAGCACGUGCAGCUCUUGGAAAACGAAGAAGGUUUUGGAUCAGGUUCUUCUGCGGCUUCAAGUUCUUCCCUAAACUGCCUGAUCCAGUGCGGCCCGGUCAAAUAUUGCCCGAGCUCGCACGCAGACAAAAUCUUCUCGACCUCAACAUCAACUGCGCUCACCGACACCAUUCUAGCCGCGCACGCUGCAGUGUUGGUCGGAGAGUGUGAGGGGGGGUGCAACUUGGUGGAGCGGAGCUUGAGCGAAGAGAUCAAAUCGCCCGUGCACAGGGCGGUGUUGGGAGAUGAAGAUGACGAAGACGAAAUGGACGAAGACGCGGAAAACAAGUACAGUUUGCAGAAAAAUAGGAUCCAUAAUUUUCGGCUGCGCGUGAGAAAGACCAUUGAACAUGUUCAUCAUUGUGCAUUUACGUAACUGCUUCUUGUACAUAGCAAGUGCGCCAAAAGAAGAAGAGACAUCACGCCCUCAUUUACUAUCAGAUACUACUUCCUGGACGUCUCCGACACCCCCCUCGACGUCGUCUUUACCGGUCUGUCCUUUCUUUACACGCAAGAGUUCGCCGACGUCGCGAUGCCGUUUGUCCGGCCGCCGGUUUACAAGGACGAAAACCAACUGCUGGAGCAAUUCUUCUACAACAGUGAGGAACUUUGGAACAGCCUGGAUUUGGUCUCCACAGAGUACAACAACAAAUCAAAUUCCGACGACAAUAACUCCGCCGAUUAUGGCGCCUCUAGCUCGUCUCGCAAGUCGCCGAACAAAAUGCCGACGAUUUUGACGAAAGAACAACAGCUGGAGAAGGCCAUCAACAUGCUGGAUACCUACCGGACCAAGUUUAUGUGGCCGCAGGAGCGGAAAAUCAGUUUUUUCCUAGAUCUCUUCACUUUCGCCGUGAAAAUCAACGCGGUGGCGCUGAAAAUUUACACGGAAGACGUCCUGAUCGGGCUACUCGCGGACAAUUGUUGGGCGGACAUGUGGGUGUUUGCGGACGAGAUCGGGUCUGCUUCGAACCAGCUCACGCAGCAGAAGGAGGCACUGAAGCUGAAGGAGGCUGCCAUUCAGUUCGGCUUGCGGCAGAUCGCGCCCUUUGCAUUUUUGCGGUUUUUUGGUAAGAACGUGGGGAAGCGGAACAAAAACUUCGUCGACAACGAGAGGAAGAGGAACGUUACUCUGCUGAAAAACGACAAAAGUGUAGUUGAUCCAUCACUCACCACCCAGGGGGAUGCAACGCCACGGAACAACGCGAAGGGCAAUCCUUCCGGAACGACCAAACAGAAAACUCCGGAGACGGCAAGCCCGAGUAAUAGGAAUAGGAAAAAUAAGAGCGGAGGUGGUAAGAAAGACACGACGAGCAAAAUGAAUACUUCUUCACUGGACGAUGAGGAGGAGCCCACGGAGUUGUUUUUCUCCCAUCAGUCACAAUGGUUCAAAUCGAACGCGCUCGAGAAAUUCCUGUUCGACUUGGAUCUACCGCACAUCUCCCCGAGCGAGAAUUGGACGCCGAUUUUGCAGGAGCACUUCAACUCCAAUUUGAUGCAGGAGGUGAAAAAGCGCCGCCCGGUCCAGUGGAACGAGUUCAAAGAACGCUUAGUGCAGCUACUCGUGGAGUUUGAGAAGGUGGAGUACAAUCUGGACCUGAUUUUGUCUAAAUCCGUCUUCCACAACGACAACGAUGAUUUACAAGAACUGUUUUCCGUCGCAAAGAAGGGGUUUUCGUCGUUUUUCUUCAAGUCCACGGGCAAAGUGCCGGAGAAGGUGGUGGAUCUGAACGACGCCAACGCGAUCAACAAGUUAUCCGUGAACGAGCAGAACAAAAUGCUUUUGCAAACCGAAGACGACUCGAUCACGAAGGAGCAGCAAAAUUUCAUCCAGUUGACGAAGAACCAGAAGGGGAAAUCCGGAAAAAAUUCCUUCAUCAUUCGCUCGCGGGAGAAAAUUUUGCCCAUCUACCUCCUCGCAAAAUACUUCUGGGAGUUCCUGGUUUUACUUGUCGCGAUCUUCAUGUACCGAUACCGGGACGCGCUGCAGGACCGAAUUCUCUUGGUCAACGCGGUUCGCUAUUUCUCCACCGAGUUCUUCGCGAACGCCUUUGUCUCGACCGCGGAGGAAGCGGAUUUUUUGGAAAAUCUGCACGCGCUGCGCACGGUCGACAUCAUGAUUCGGAACUUCUUAGGGGCGCAGGAAGUUGUGCACAAACAGAGUGAUUUGCCGGUUUUGCUGCGGCUCUACGACUAUUUCACGCUUUUGCUGACGUAUUUGCACUCCUUGUCCGUGGCGAUCAAACUGAACCCGUAUUUUGUCAUUAUGGCGUUUAACGCGUUUUUGAUCAUUUCGGUGGUAGUUGCGUAUGUGAAGUACGUGUAAAGGAGGCUCGAAGAAUCGAUGAUAAUUUUACGACAUGAAGCUGCUGCUGACUGUGGAAACGAUGUGAAUAUUUAUCAUCAACACUGGCAAUCAUGCAGCUCCUUGCAUUUAUUUUUCAUUUUCGACUGUUUCACAACAAGAAACCUUUCACAACAAGUGUUGAGAAGAUGCGAUCAAAGUUGAUUGCAGCUUUCUGCAUCAUAUGAACCGAAGAACGACGGAGGUCGGAUAAAAUAAAC